CUUGCGUCUUAUCACUACUUCUGACAUGCCCGGCGCUGAGGGCGGCCACUGGGAUGUCGCCAAGGUGCUGCCGCUGCCGCUGGCAAAUUGGUUAGAGGCUGUAUUCUUCGGCAUCUACACCACUCUUUUCCUCCAGUAUAUGAUCUCGAGGUAUAGGCAUGGGACGGGGAAGACACUAGCGGGAAAGGUCUACUUCGUGGUCACGAUCCUGAUGUAUCUUGUCGGGGUCGCCUGCUCUGGCCUGUCGAUCUACGGGGCUACGCGGUCGCCAUACACCGACUAUGUGGACGGGAAGGCGGCCAAGCUAGUCGCAGACGUAUCGUGCCUCCUCGCGUUCGUGCAGAUGUGGAUGGGGGACUUCUUGAUAGCUCUCAGAACACACUUGCUAUGGGAUUACAAUUUCCGCGUUACAGCGAUACCGUGGGCUUUACUGGCUGGGACAUUAUUUAUCAUCGUGUUCACGGCGACGGGUGUGGUCCAGGACAUUCGGCAAGUCAGCGCAGCGCUCACUAUGGUGCUCGCCCAAAAUGUCAUCACCACUGGGCUCCUGAUAUAUCGCCUGCUCUCGCAACAUUCGGAGUCAGCGCGCGCAGGGUUGCAUCGGUAUUCUAGGAGGAGCGGCAGUCUGAUCCGCAUUGCAUCCAUCAUCUCGCAGUCUGCAGGCUUGUAUCUGACAGUGUUGUUCUUGUACAACCUGUUCUUCUUUCUGCAACAUCCGGGCAUGGUCUACAUGCAAGUUAUGAUCCCAUCCGUCACGGGUAUCGCCCUCCUGGCCAUAUCCGUGCGCGUUGCGGGGAUGAAGACUGGAACUGUCGAUUCCUCCUUCACUUGGACACCACCAACUGACUGGAGAACAAGCGUGCAUUUUGCGCGAUCCCAUGGUGACAUGGGUUCCGCCAGCGACGAUGGUAUCCAGGAAGAGGCAGAGCGAUAUAUUGAAGCGCGAUACCCGGACAUCUUCAUCAAGGAAGAGGGCAGGAGAGCAUCGCCUCCGCUUCCUCGAUUGCAUAGCACCGGACCUGCAGCGAACGUACCAUGACGAUGCGAUGGACCAGUUCAAACCUGUAUUUUUACUUGUGCGUAUACCGUCCACGUUACCCUCUAGCACCUCCACUGUGGCCGCCUAAGUGACCAUAGACCCACGCUCCUUGCACACUACUGUUCUCCAUAGCUACACAUCUGGAUCUCUGUCAUGUACGCUGGCCUACGCUCGCGCCCUACUAUACCGCCAUUGACAUCAUCGUUCGUCCUGGG